GGAACUCAGAGGCCUUGGUCAUGGGAGCUUUGGGGACUCCCCCACUGUCAGUUUUGCUGCAGGUUUCAGAAAACCCUCUAAUAGCUGUGGGACCUUCCAUCACGUAAGAUGCAAAUUCUACGGCUGGAACGCUUGAGCGUAGAGAGGAAAAAGUUUCCUUCUCACCCUCUCCCUGCUCACGCCAUGGAAGCCCGGCCCCAUCUCCAUGGGAACAAGGCUUCUCUGGUGGCUGUCACCAAGGGCGGAGCUGGGACGGCUCCUCCCCGGUUUGUAACUGCCCGGGGAGGGAGCGCUCGCCUGGCCUCCUGAACUUCGCAGUUGUUCUUUUCGACUGCCCCCCCUUUCCGUCCUCUCUCCCUACCCCAAACCACAUCCUGGAGCGGGUCGGCUGCACUAUCGUCGCCACUGUCAUCGCCGGGGAUGGGGACGGUGCACCCAGAGUCCCCCUGAGAGUCACCCCGCGCGGCCCUUUUCUCCCCACCCCUCGGCUGCGCUGAUUGGACCACAGUGUCUGCCUGGAGGAAAGUUUUUGGUGCCCGGAGGAAGUUCAGUCUUCGAAGACUCCGAAAGCGCAGCUCCGAAGCAGCAGGGGUCUGGGCGGCCAUGGAGGAGCCCCCUUUGCGAGAAGAGCAAGAGGAGGAAGAGGAAGACGACGACGAGAGGGAUGAGGCUGGGCCGGAGGGCGCUCUGGGCAAGAGCCCCUUCCAGCUGACCACCGAGGACGUGUACGACAUCUCCUACGUGAUGGGCCGUGAGCUGAUGGCCCUGGGCAGCGACCCCCGGGUGACACAGCUGCAGUUCAAAAUCGUCCGCGUGCUGGAGAUGCUGGAGGCGCUGGUGAACGAGGGCAGCCUGACGGUGGAGGAGUUGAGAAUGGAGAGGGACAACCUCAGGAAGGAGGUGGAGGGGCUGCGGAGAGAGGGCCCGCCUGCCAACGGGGAGGUGAAUCUGGGACCUGACAAAAUGGUGAUUGACCUGGCGGAUCCCAACCGACCCCGCUUCACUCUGCAGGAGCUCAGGGACGUGCUGCAGGAACGCAACUCCCUCAAGUCGCAGCUGCUUCUGGUGCAGGAGGAGCUGCAGUGCUACAAGAGUGGCCUGAUUCCAGCAAGAGAAGGCCCAGGAGAAAGAAGGGAAGAAGAUGCUGUGGUUCCCAGGGUCAGCAAAGGCGGCAGUAACAAGGAGGAGAAGACAACCAUAAAGAAGCUGUUCUUUUUCCGGUCAGGGAAACAGACCUAGAUCAAAGGCCAUGGCCAACGCAGCAACUCAGAACGCAACUCGCCAGGAUGACUUCCAGAACCAUCUCUGUGCUGAAGCACACCUGGGCUUGCUCAUUGGUUUCCCUCAAGGCUGUCUGAGGAAGGAGAUGAGGCUCUCUUGGGAUCCUUUUCUCCCUGGCUGCAGAACUGGACAGCCUGGAAGGCUUGGCCAGGGUGGAGAAGCACAAAGCAAUCAAGGAAGGGGGUGCGUGGAACAGGCUGGCCCUGCCUCCGUCAGCUGCCCACAGGGGCCACAUGUGGAUGUGUGUUCCGAUCUGGACCCACAGAGGGUCCUUCAUCACGUGGCAGGAGGGAGACGAGCAAGCCGGGAAACGGCGUUCCGGUGACUUCGCUGAUGCUUAGUGAGUAUUCGA